AUGUCUCAAAAAUUCUUCGCCUCUUUUCGUCAUAUCUCUCAGGCUACUUUCGCUACUCCGCUCGAAAAAAUUCAAAUUACAUUCAAACCUUAUCGGUAUUUUCCUUCAAGGCUUUAUUCUACCCCCCAGAUAAAGCCAAAUUUAAAAUUAUUGUCCCAAUUACGUCAAGAAACCCAAGUUAGCAUUAUUAAGGCGAAAGAAGCGUUAAUAAAACAUAAUAAUGAUUAUGAUAAGGCGAUAGCCUGGUUAUUGGAAGAUUCAAAAAAUAGCGGUGUGGCGAAAGCGCAUAAGCUGAAAGAAAGAAUAACCAAAGAAGGGCUGGUUGGUGUUGUGGUUACAAAAUUUGGUGAGAGGUUUGGAGAGGAAAGGAUUCUGAAUGGAAGUCGAGGAGCUAUCGUUGAGGUAAAUUGCGAAACAGAUUUCGUUUCACGUAAUUCUCUGUUUCGGCAGUUUGUGACUCAGAUAGCUUCAACCUGUCUACUCCUUUCUUCUAAAACCUCUUCAACUUCAAUGAUUCAACCGAUUUCACCCAAAACUCUUCUUUCAACCCCACUUUUACCUUAUCCCUUGUCAAACUCCACCAUGCCAGUAACAAACCCUUUAACACCACCUACAGUACACGAAUCGCUCGUGGGAUUAAUUGGCAAGUUAGGUGAAAACAUUAGUUUGCGUAGAGCAGAAAUUGUGAAUUUUGGUGACGAAGGAAAUAAUUUACUCGCCCUUGAUGGUCAAAAAAUCUCGGAUAGAAUCUUAGUCACCGGCGGAUAUGUGCAUGGUGGUAUUGACGGUGAUCCUUAUACUGGAAAAAUUGGUGGUUUGGUUUUGAUUGAAGUUAUUGGAUUAAAAGCUCAUGAUCAAUCAAAACGAUUGGAUCUUAUCGAAAAGAUCAACAAGCUAUCAAGAAAUAUAGCGAUGCAAGUAGUUGGAUUUAACCCUAAGAUAAUUGAUAAAAAGAAUAUUUUGAAUGGAAAUGAUAAAAACAUUGAAGAUGACGAAAUACUAUUGAAUCAAGAUUUUAUGAUUGGCGGCGGUAGCGUGGAACAAGUAUUGGUAAAUUUUGAAAAAGAAUCUGGCAUAAAAAUCAAUAUUUUGGAAUUCCAAAGAUGGGAAAAUGGUGAAGAAGCUGAGAAUGUGGAUGAUUUAGGAUUUGUUAAUGAAACAGUAGACGCAGCUGGAUUAUCAAAUUUUAGAAAAUUAUUUCGCAUCUUAAAAUUAAGCUAA